AGAGUAGGAAGGAAACGACCCAAAAGUGCAAGGGUGAGGAGAGGAAUGGGGUCACAGACACAGUCCUCCUCCCAUUCGUCCGUCGUCCUCACCAUCAUCGUCCCCAUCUGUGGCUGUCUGGUCUGCGCCAAUCAAUCUCACCACCAUUUACUCAAUUAAAAAAGAAAAGCGAGCGGAAACGCGACAAAGGAAGAGAAAAUGGCGGAGCUUGUUUGUUCAUCAUUCCCCAUGCCUAUUCAAUUUCCUCCCUCUGGAUAUUUUCCUCUCCACUCUCUCUCCCAUCAGCUUCGCCACUAAGAAAUCAAUAAGUAAGCAGAGUAAUCUUGGGGUUGGGGAUUCGGGUUUCCUCAAACCAAGAAGUUAAGUAAUCGGCGACCCCAAUCAAGACAUUCCCGCGGCUGGUUUCCCGGCUCCAUCUCCGAAAUCCUUCCACCUGCCCCGGUGAAUUCCGCCUUCCACCUCCUGGCUUUCACCUGGUGUAGUUUUGCAGAACCCUUAAGGUUUUGUGUUGCCAUUUGAGCUCAAGCUGGUUUUCGAGUAGGUCUGGGUAUUAAGAAUGUCUAAUCCGAUUGCAAGAUCAUUUCAAGGGAAGGAGGAAAUGACUGAAAGUGGGACGGCGCAGCAGCCGUAUCAGUCGCAAUCUGCAUGGCUCGCUCAUUGGAUGCCUAGGAAUUAUGGGUUGGCGAAUGGAGCACCAACACCAGCUCCAUUAUCGGUAAGUAAUGAGGUCAGUGAAGAAGAAAGGUCUGGCAUGAAGUUUCAUCCUCUGCAGCUUACUUGGCGUGAAAAAGUCGGAAAGCGUAAAAUGGUGGAUCCUGUGAAGGGGAGUACGACAGUGGGUUUGGAAAGGUUUAGGAAUGAACCUUCCGAAGGCCAGCCUUCUUUGAUGCUAGGUUGUUCUCGUGAUCUUGAGGUUGCUUUGCCUCCAACUAAAAAGAGGUUUGAUAGUGCACAUGUAACAGGCCCCGUAUCGAGACUGGAUGCUUCAUCGAGUAGAGUGGAGAGCAAGUUACCUGGCUCGGCUCCAUGGUUUGCUACUAGCCAAAUGGAAACUCGAUCGAGUGGCCAAAAGCCUCCAAAGUGCGGUAAUAGACUUUCGGAGAAGGAUGGGUUUGGCCUUUCAAUGCAUUCAGAGGACUACUUUCCACGGACCACUUCUCAGAUUGUUCCGUAUGAGUCUGACAGACAAAGGAGUAUGUUACUAUCUUCUUUUCAUGAGCAGGAGAGUUUGAAUCGACCAAGCAGUUCUUUUUGGGAUCGCAUGAAGAAGAUGGAUUGCAAUGGUGCUCUUUUAGUUCAUGAUACCUCAAUCAGCAACAACGAGGGAAGAUGCUUUGCUGCUGAACAAGUGCUCGAGAUGCCUCCUCAGUAUUCUGAUACUGGAUAUUUUAGCUUCCAGAGUGCGCCCCCUGUAUCAGGAAUGCCUUCUUCUGCGCAUGAUGUACAGGCUAUGAGAGUGCGUACUACUAUCGAUUCUGUCACGGAUUUUUCUGCUGGUUGCUCAAAGGUUUUGCAUACAACUCACCGCUUCUUCAUCACAAAGAAGGCUACUGAUCCGGCCUUACCAGAUGAAGGUCAGAUGUUCCACCAGCCGCCAUUAUCUACAAAGUUCAAAGGAAAAGCAUUAGAUGAAUCAUUUGGUUUAGCACUGGACUAUUGCUCCCAUGGUAACCAAGGAGUGAAGCUGCAACCACUUGAGAGUUCCAGAGAAAGCAAGGGCCAAGAAGAAAGUGAGAAUGUCAAGAAUUCUAUAACUGGUUCAAAGAAUGGAUCGUCUUCUGAGACCAAUAUAAUGGACAUGGAUGCUUUUAAACAAAACCAUCUCUUUGGUUUGGCUUCGCCUCCAUCGAGUAAGGACAUGAACGGUGGCCGAAAAUCACCCAUAUCUCAAGAUCCAAUGAUCGCUUCAGUCAGCCAAGAAAUUAGAGCUAGAGCCUUAGAAACACAGUUGCCCGAUAUCAACGAAGAAUUUCAUGUGCUUCCUGAUGUGCCAGGGACAGCAGAUGGUACUAAGCAGUCAAGCACCUCAAUAACCCAAAGUUUGGAUGGGGACUGCUGGCCUCCUCAUGCUGACAACCCCACAAAUUGGAAGUCUAGUGCUUUACCAGACCCAGUGGGCCAGGAUCCCUGUAGUCGAUGGGUAAAACGUCUAAAGCCAAGUGCUCCAGAUCUUGUUGCAUGUGACUUGGGGGAAGCCUCCCAUAAAAAAGUGUCGAGAGUCUUCAGCAAAAUGCUUAAAUGUGGCCAGGCAAGUUCAGAACCAAAUACAAUAAGCAAGCCGCAUUGUAAAGAUAUUGGUGGUAAUGAUUGUCGAACAGAGUCAGUAAAGAACACUGAACCUUCUCUUGCUAAUGGCAAGGGGAAAACACUAGACGCAAUCCACUCACAUCCUUGGAUACGACGGUGGUGUCGCGACCCAAUUACUUCUGUGGCAAGGAAACCUGAUUGUGUGAUGGCUAGUGAAUCACGAGCUGCAAAGUGGGGAGCAGCAGAUGACUUGCCUCGGAAGCAGUUUCCGAGCAUAGCUGCUAUGGCACUCAUGGGAAAGGCUAUGACUGGUUUUCGUCCAUGUGAAUUCAGGAAAAGGGGUUGUCUCAUACUUUGGAGUAACAAGGGCUAUUGAGAUGAACUGUCGCCAUAAGUUAGACUAGAUAGUUUGGAAUAAGCGUGUAAGGUGACCAGUUUGCAGACCCUUACUGGCUCCCCCCUUGUGGGUCAAAUGAUGCUGUCAAUUGGAAAGACAUUGGCGACUUCAGGAUUCUUUAUAAUAUUACUCUAGAGGAAACCAGUGAAGUUCAGCUAUGGGGUUUAGUGAGGGCGGGGAAAGGUACAAUCUUUGUGUAAUAAAUUUCCCAUUCCACCCCCUGAUCUGAAUUUUUGUAGGCACCCAUGAUGUUUUAGAAAAAUGACUAGAAAUUCUGUAUCUGUUGAUUUCCUAUGAAUUGAGGCAGCAGGUACACUUCUGCUGGUUUACAAGAAUAAUUUACGUGGAAAGUACAACUUGAAUUCCAUGGAAUCUCACGAAUUUCCUCUCAGUUGUCAUCCCUACUUUCCUGCUUGUUCUAGAUUUUUAAGAUGCAUUAUCAGCUGUAGCUUUGACAAGUCUACUGGAAGAAGAUUGAUGGUCACAAACAACAGUGCCAUUCUUCACCUGGCAACCAGCUUGCUCAAGCGCAAACUCGAAAAACCCUCCUCCUUGAAAGCUUGAAUCCAUGCCAGGUGGAGCAAACUGAACAAUGACAUCCCGAGACAGGAGAAUCCCGGUGGGGUUCAUCGAUUGAUCAACGAUGAAGCUGAAACUGCUGUUUGUCUCUGAUAGCUUCAUCAUGGCCUGCUUCAGGGUGUCACUUCUCGUGUUGGCAACUACUGAAUCCAUCUUUGGUAGAAAGUUAUUCUUCAGUUUCAGCGUUCCAGCCGAAAGCAGCGCUCCUAAGUCUUUCUGAAUAGUAGGAUCACAAUCUGAAUUCACUCCUGUUUCUGUAUGAAUGAACUCCUCUGCUGUUAUUGUCUUUCUGUUGCGGAACAGGUCAUCAUUCUCUAGAAGGAGAUAGGCGUCACUGUUUCUGAUGCAGCCAAUGAUGGUCUCAUUUGUUCGGUUCACUACAGCAAUAACACCGAUUUGGGUUCCCCAUAGGAGGUGAAGAGCUUCUGCCAAGCUCUGGUCUCCAUAAACACUUACCACAUGCUCUUCUCUGAGAGGGGCAAAAACAGAAGCUCUAAAUCAACAGCAUUCAAGCAGGGGAAAUCUAAAUUUGCAGGCAUGCGUUGGGGGCAUAGUACCGGUAGGCUGACAAAGGCUUGUCAGCAAUGGCAUCGAACCAUUCGAGCCCGGCUGACCGAAGCAGCAAGUGGAUCACUGCAUUCUGCCAAUUACUUAUCAUCAACCAAUAUGCAAAAAUUGGGUGAAGAGAAUAAAACAAGUGAAGAAAGGAAGGGUUCUUUCAGUGACCUGGGUGACAAAGCCAAUGACUUGAAUCUCAGACUCCUCUACAACCGGAACAACUUGGAGCUGGUGCUUGCAAAGAAGCAGCAGAACAUGAAACACAGUAUCCUCCAGAUGAACUGGGAAAAACGGGUCCCAAAGAAACGACUUUGCCAGCUCUCCGACCUUCGUGUCUGCGAUUUCAGGAUUCUCAUGCAGCAUUGUGGAAAUGCUGUCGAAAUCGGCGGUGAUCUUGGCGUGCCGCUUUUCAGAUUCAUGGAGACACCAAAGAAGCAUCCUGGCGAAAUCGAUGAAACCCAUGUAUCGAUCGGAGGCCCUGCCGGUGAUGUUUUCAGGGUCGAUGGAGUCGGCGAUCGGAGCGCCGAACACGUUCCUGCGAUACAAUAGCUCCAUCGCGUGCUUCACCGUGUCUCCGGCUUUCAGCUCCGUAACCAAGACAUCUAAAGGGAAUUGAGAUAAUAAUCACCAUCAAUGUGUUCACUGAAGAACGCUGUGAUUAGUGGUCGUAGGACGCGAGGAAGUUGGUUACCAGGAGAGUUUCGAAUUCCAGGGACGGAACUGAUGGGAAUGUGAUCGAGAAAUGACUGAAGGGCGGCCCCUGAAUCGAGCUGUUGGGUCUGUUUGAGAUCUGCGAUGAAGCUGGAAUCCACUGCGCUUGGCGCUUCUGGGUUCUUGAUCCCGUGGACUUCUGGAACCUCCAUCAUCUUCUUUUCUUCUUGCAUUUGCGCGCGCGUUUUCCUGGUCUGUUCUGUUUCAGGGAACUGCCUCUGUUGUUGUUCUUCUGUUU